AUGGGUGGCGGUGGAGGCGGAGGCGGUGAAGGUGGUGUCGGUGGUGGCGCUGCGACCGUGCGGGAGCCUCAUGACUUUGGCAACGUUGCGUCCUUCUCCGAGUUGCCAUUCCUGCGCUCCGGCGCUCCUCCGCGAGAAAGCCCCAACUCUGGCAUUCGUCUCUUCGGCAUUGACGUCCCGCAUGCAUCGCCUGAGGGAAGAAUUAAAGAAGCCACCGCUGCCAGCAGCGCGACCCCUUCUGCCACCACGCAGAGCAGCAGUGGAGCUGCCAUCACCGCUGCAAGCGCCGCCCCGGACAGCAACCGCAAGUUCGAGUGCCACUACUGCUGCAGGCAUUUCCCGACGUCACAGGCGCUCGGCGGCCACCAGAACGCGCACAAGCGCGAGCGGCAGCACGCGAAGCGGGUGCAGAUGCAGUCAGCGAUGGCCGCAGCGGCAGCGGCUGCUGGCAGCGCGCACCACCACCACCACCUCCUUGGCUACCCGCAGCACCGCUUCGGUGCGACAUUCUACCCGUCAUGGACCACGGUGAGUGGCGGUAUCUCCUAUGGCCAGCAGUUCUACAGAGGGAUCGGGUCGGUCGGUCAGCCAAUCAACGGGAACCCUCUGCCUGAGGCGCAGUGGAGGAGGCCGCUGGCUGCGCAUGGCAACAUGGGCAUGCCGUUGGCUGGAGAGCGGCGGCCGGUCACGCUGCACAUGUUCGGAGAAGAGCAGAGAGCUUCCCCUUCUCUUGGGGCGGCCUCCCCCUCCUCUUCCUCUUUACUGCUCUCCCCGCAAGGUCAGUCUGCUUGCGAGCAGCCAGCCACCACCGCAGCACCCGAGGGUGUGAGCUUAGAUUUGCAUCUAUAA